UUGGGUCACUUCGCGAUUUUUUAUUGGGCUUUUUGGGUGCACUUGUGCAAACAUCGGCUGUGCAAACGUAAACAAAACUCAAUUUCUCUUGGGAAAAAAAGGAAAACAAAGCUGGAAUUUUGAUUGUUGGGAUCUGCUCUCUUUCCGGCAACUUGUCCAAACAAUGCCCCAGUUUGGGAGUCCAAGAAAAUUGAGUAUUUCCCGGAAAGAAGACAGUUUCUUUGCACUGAGCUUGGAGAGAGGAAGGCAUUCCUCUCGAUAGUUUUCCAAGGUUUUAUUGUGAAUUCCAAGUGAUUGUGAUAAGAAAAUUGUGUUAAGUAGUCACCAAAGGAGUAAUUAACAAGAUGUACAAGCCACUGGAAGAAAAAGUAGCCCCAAUGAAGGAGUAUAUCCACAUAAUUGUGGUUGUCCUUUCCUAUUGGACAAUCUCCAUGCUGACGGUGUUUAUCAACAAAUCCCUCCUGAGCAGUGACUUGUUCAGCCUGGAUGCUCCACUUUUCGUCACGUGGUCUCAAUGUGUUGUAUCUGCUGGUAUUUGCUUCAGUCUCAGUCGCUUGUCCAAAAUCUUCCCCCAAGCCAUUUCCUUUCCCGAAGGUAAUCCCUUGGAUUCAACCACCAUCAAGAGUGUCCUUCCCCUUUCCCUGCUGUUCGUUCUCAUGAUCUCCACCAAUAAUCUCUGCCUGAAGUAUGUCGGAGUGGCUUUCUACUACGUAGGCAGAUCCCUGACCACAGUCUUCAACGUUGUCUUCAGUUUCCUCUUGCUCAAUCAGAAAACUAGCGGCAGAUGCAUAAUUUGCUGUGUCGUUAUCAUCGCAGGCUUUUGGCUGGGAGUCGAUCAAGAGAGUCUCACAGAAUCCUUCUCACUGAUCGGGACAAUUUACGGCGUCGUGGGAUCACUAGCACUCUCCCUGUACUCAAUCUACACGAAAAAGACUCUCGUGUUUGUGAGGCAGGAAGUCUGGCUGCUGAGCUACUACAACAACGUCUACUCCGUGGUCAUCUUCCUGCCCCUGCUCCUGCUCACUGGGGAGAUUCCCACGGUUCUCAACUACAAAUACCUCGGAGAGCUUUGGUUCUGGCUGGCGCUAGGCGUCAGUGGAGUCUGUGGCUUUGCCAUUGGCUACAUCACUGCCCUGCAGAUCAAAGUCACCUCUCCACUCACCCACAACAUCUCAGGCACGGCCAAGGCCUGCGUGCAGACUGUGAUCGCCACGGAGAUUUACAGCGAGAGCAAAUCCUUCUCCUGGUGGCUCUCCAACAUUAUUGUCCUCAAGGCUAGUGCACUCUACGCUUGGUUCAAGCAGCGAGAGAUGCAUCAGAAAUUCCAGGAGGCAGAAGCCUCCCAGAAAGUCUGACGACAGUGAUUCCCAUGGAGAGUUCUUGUAAGCUGAUAGCUAAUAAAGUUGUAAUUAAGUAUGACAAAAAA